AUGAAGGCUCAAAUGCUUCUUCGAACGUGGGUCAUCAUCUUUGCCUUGAUUCAGGUUCAUGGCUGCAAGGCUGCACUCGAGUACACAGCGCCCGCAACGCUCAAAGCCCUCGUGUCGACGUCCCCAAGCAAGGACAACUUGGUCAUUGCUGUCUUCUUCGGGACGUUAAAAUCGUUGGACGUCCCGCUACUGCUCUUCGUCGUAUCUGAGGACGAAGCUCCUGAGUUGUCGACCGUCAGAGGCCAGGUGGCCGAAAAACUUCAAGACAAGUUUCUGGUGGUGACCACCACCAACUUGACCCUAGCUGAAGAAGCGGAUAUCCCACCCCCUUUUGUGGUUGUCUGGAACUCCCUGGACGAAGUCAAGCCCAUAUAUCGUGACGACUUUGAAAUGGGACCGAUUCUCAAGUUCGCAGAACAGACCUCGACGCCGGUAAUCGGUAGGCUGGACUUGAAAUCGUACAUUGACCACACCCAGUCGGGAUUGCCGAUCGCUUUUAUCCUCGCCGAAACCGACAGAGAGAGAAAGACCAUCGCCGAAUCACUGAAGCACGUUGCUCUCAAGUACAAAGGAAAGAUCAACUUUGUAACCCUCGAUACAACAAAUCUGCCCUUUUUGCUCGAGCCACUUGGUGUGGACGCCACACGCCUGCCUGCGUUGGCACUACAUCGUGGUGAUGACGAUGAGGUGUUUGUCUACGACCAGAAUCGUCAGAUCAACAGAAGAGACGUCGAGACUUUUAUACAAAGAGCCAUUCAUCGGCCGGUGACGGAACUAUAG